UCUAAUUGUGCGUGACACUGCUGCAAAAACAUGCGAAGUAAGAUCACAAGAUAUGGAUCGCAAAAAUAAAAAAGAGAAAAGAGAACUAUGAACUCAACGAAUGGUCCCACCCCGCACCGUUCCAAAGUUUUUACUUAUUAUCAUCAUAUAGCUAUAACAUAAUAUCAUAUUUUCUUGUAAAUCCUUCUAUAUAUAAACCCUUUUUCAACUCUACUUUCCUCAUAACAUCAGCCUAGGCUAAAGAAAACCCUUAUUUUUCCUCCCAACUUCCUCAUCACUAAGGCAAGCUCCAUGCUCUAAUCAUUCCUUACACUCACAUAUAGGUGCUGUGCUGUUCUUUCCCGGUGUGUGUGUGUGUGUGAACACAUAGCUUGUUGUAAAACUGGAUAGGAGGUAUGGUAAGGAACCGGUUCCACCGGAAAUGUCGGCGGCGGAGAAUCCGUCUUGGAAUGAGUCUGAUGUCACCGCCAUGAUCUCAUCUCUCAGCCGUGCCAUCGAGUAUCCGGCAACCGACGGACAAGAAAGGUCAGACCCACCGGUCAAACAAGAGCUUGAUAAGCCGGAUCAACUACAACAAGACCAAGAUCAACCAAGAAGAAAGCACUAUAGAGGGGUCAGGCAGCGACCAUGGGGAAAAUGGGCGGCCGAGAUCCGUGACCCAAAGAAAGCAGCCCGUGUCUGGCUCGGGACUUUUGAGACAGCAGAGGAAGCCGCUUUGGCCUACGACCGAGCCGCCCUCAAAUUCAAAGGCACCAAGGCUAAGCUAAACUUCCCACAACACGUCCAAGCCCCCUCAACCACAACAUAUUUCGCAUCUCAAUCAGGCACUGACCAUUCCCCAAGAGAAGGUAGUGAAUUAAUGAACUCACCUCCUCCUCCUCCUACUACUAUGUGGCCAACGAACUAUAACCAGGACAUACUUCAAUACGCUCAGUUGCUUACGAGUAACAAUGACGUUGACUUAUCGUACUAUACGUCAAGUCUUUUAAGUCCGCAGCAACAGCCUCUCUCAACGCCUUCUUCAUCUUUUUCCUCGUUAACCUCACAACAGCAGCAACAACAGCACCAGCAGGGUGAAGAGGAGAGUAACUACAGUUACCACUAUUAUAACUACCCAAGAGAAUAAUCUUAUUAUCGUUGUUGGUCAAAUUAGUCUCAUAAAUUACAAAUCAUUACCAUGUUCUCGUUUCGGUUUUUAUUUUCGUAACCUUUGUUUGCUAUUUGCUAACGGGCACCGGAAAUUCUAAUGAACGAGAGAUAUGUGUAACAUCUCGUCUUUAUCUUACCUGUUACAUCUAUAUAAAAUAUAUUUUUCAUGGA